AUGGCAAAGAGAAGACAAAAGACCAGAACCCAUAAGAAGGUAUCUGAGGAAGAAUUAGCCAAGAUACCUAGAUCUAUGGUUAUUAGAUUGGGAUCAUCAUUGAGAAAUCAUUCAUUAAGUCAGUUAGUCAAGGAUUUCAGAAACAUCAUGCAGCCACAUACGGCCAUUAAUUUAAGGGAGAGAAAAUCAAAUAAGUUGAAGGAUUUCAUUGUCAUGGCUGGGCCUUUAGGUGUUUCAGACUUAUUUAUUUUCAACCAGUCUGAGGAAACUGGAAGUAUAUCAUUGAGAAUUGGAAAAAUGCCUAGAGGACCAACUUUGCAAUUCAGAGUUAACAACUAUUCGUUGAUUAAGGAUGUCAGCAGAAUAUUAAAACAUCCAAAGUCGGUAGGAAAAGAUUCUCCAGAAUUCUUGAACCCACCGUUACUUGUUUUGAAUGGGUUUCUGAACAAGUUGAAUGAAGUUGAAAACCACGAGAAAUUAUUAAUUACUGUAUUUCAGAAUAUGUUUCCCCCAAUUCAACCACAACUGACGAAAGUGUCGUCUAUUAAGAGGGUUUUGAUGGUGAACAAGAACGCAGAAACAGGGGAAAUAGAUUUAAGACAUUAUGCUAUAGAUACAAAAUUGGUUGACGGAAGUCGUAAUGUCAAGAAAUUACUUAACUCGCAUCAUAACUUAAAGAAAUCUUUACCUAACCUAUCGGCAAACAGUGAUGUUUCUGAUUUGUUAUUGGACCCAUAUUCUGUUGGUGGCAUAACUUCGGAUUCCGAAGUCGAAGACGAUGCUAUUGUAGAAAUUAAAAAUAGCGAAGAUGCAAAUGUUCUUAAGAAGAAGACGGCAUCAGAAGAAAAAGAAACUGCUAAUCCUCAAACUAGAAAGAGAGCCAUUAAGCUUACAGAACUUGGUCCUCGUAUAAAUAUGACAUUAAUGAAGAUCGAAGAGAAUUUAACCGGGUCGUCAAAGACACUUUACCACGCUAAUAUCAACAAAUCUGAAGCCGAACAAAACGAAUUAAACAGAAAGCAUGAAUUGAGACAAAAGCAGAAGGCUGAAAGAAGAGCCAAACAGCAAGCUAAUGUCGAUGCGAAGGAAGAGACGAAGAAGGCUAAGAAAGAAAGAAGAAAAGCAAGACAAAACGGCGAAGAACCAGAACAAGGUGAAGACGAACCAAUGACUGAAAGCGAUAGCGAUAGUGAUGCACCAGAGAUCAAAGCAGAAGAUUACGAGAAUGACAGCGAUUUAUAUAGUGACGUUGAGUAA